GCACGAUCAAAGCAAAAAAAUUAAUUUCAUGAUUGUAAGUUUGAGAUCUUUUCAAAGCAGCUGGAAAGAAAACUAUAGUAAGAUAACAUAUUUUGAAGGCAUUGAUGUUUUAUUGAAAUCUCUUUUUUAUGAUUUUUUCAUUUUAGAUAUACUACAUUUUCAUCAUCUUUACAUCAUCAUGGAUGGUAAAGAUACCCAAAAAACUCCUAUGAUAUAUAUUUGUGGAGAAUGUCACCAUGAAAAUGAAAUUAAACCAAAAGAUCCAAUUCGAUGCAGAGAAUGUGGUUACAGGAUCAUGUAUAAAAAGAGAACUAAGAGAUUGGUGGUCUUUGAUGCACGCUGAAGGAACAGAAGAAAACUUGGAAGAAAAAUGUAAAUAGAUUUUGUGAUUGUAAAGAAAAUAAAUCUUUGUUUUUGUAAUUAAA